AUGAAUUGCGACAUCUGCUGCAGGCCUCAUAGUGCUCAACGGUUGCCCUUCCUCUGUGCCGUCGAUGCUCGCAACUACUGCUAUGAGGGUCGCCUCAAGAAUCUCCAGGCGCUGAUGGAGAAUGAGACUCUUCAGAAGCAGAUUAAUGAUCUUCUUAGUCAGGACAAGGCAGAUGAUCCGCCUAGUCGAAACGUUGUUCUCGGGUCGUUGGGUGCCUCCCAGAGAACGGCCGAAGAUCGGACUGAGCAGAUCAUCGCUCAGGCUGAUAGACUCAAGGACGAAAUCGCCGCCGCUAGGAAGGAAAUUGCUGACCGCAAGGCUGCCAUCUCUCGCCGCAAGUCCGAUCUUGUAUCUGCUUCGAGUGGAAUAGCUGCUCGGAGAACCAGACAGCUUGAGGAGACCGAACGCUCCAUCUCAGUUGCCAAGUACAAGUGGACCCGGAGUGCGGAUCAGAUGUCUUCGACUCGAUCUUUCCUUUGUAUGGAAGCUGCCAAACUGUAUGGGCUUCGUCGCAAUAAGAAGGGAUCAUCCGCUCGGUAUGAGUACAAGAUCGGAGGUGUAGACAUUGUUGACCUUUCGUCUAUGAAUGCUAUAUCGCCUGAAGUCUUGUCCACUUCCCUGGCCAACAUCGCCCAUAUCCUGGCUUUGACAUCUCAUUACCUCUCGGUCAGGCUCCCAGCAGAGAUAACACUGCCACAUCGAGAUUACCCUCGCCCCACCAUCUUCAAUCUAUCAUCGUCGUAUCAGCAUGGUGAGGUACCGUUUCCUGGAACUUCGACCAUUCCCAGUUUCUCCGCAGAGGAGCGUGACAGUCAGCCGCACUACAUGCCUCGUCCCCGGCCACUUUUCGUCGACAAAUCUCUACCCGUAUUAGCCAAGGAAGAUCCCGCUGCUCAUUCCCUGUUUCUGGAGGGUGUGACCUUGUUGGCCUACGAUAUCGCGUGGGCAUGCAGCACUCAGGGUGUCUUCGUCGGAGAUCGUAACUCGUUCGAGGAUGUGUGUCAUAUGGGUCGCAACCUGUACAACUUGCUCAUUGGUCAACAGCUUCACAGCACCCAGACUGGUCGCCUCUAUCCGCCUGCGACUUCGUCACCCGCAGCGAAGCAUGACGCGCUCGACCAGGAAGAGCUCGGCAAAGCUCCCUCAUGGAUGGGACGUUACUCCCAUGGCACAGCCCAUGCCUUCCUUGGCAGCGCGGAGGGAUCCGAGUUCAUUCGCGGUUUCAAGCUCCCCAGCCCCCUGAAGCUUGCUGAUAAGCUCAAGAGGAAGCUUGUUAGUGAGGUUGCCGUCCCUGAGUGGGAGGUCCUUGAGGAUGAUGCUUGGGCUAUCGAUGAAGGCGACGGUCAAGCAAAUCGGGCUAUCGGUGGUGGUACAAACGGUUGGACGAAAUUGAAAAACAGGUAA